GAUGUCAAUUAUUAAUUGUCAGUGAGUGAAAGAGUGUCAAAAUAUUAAAAAUAACCAAACAAACGAAGCGAAAUAAAAACAAAUUGCGUAGAAGGAAGAAUAAUUAGUAUUUGUUAGAAUAUUGCAUUGUUAUAAGUAAAAACUAGUGAAGUAUUAAGAUGUUGUCUGUGAUUCGACGGGCGACGUUACGAACAUCGACUCCCGCAUUGAGUGUGGUGCGUGGGAAGGCAGCAUAUGAAGGUGAAGGCAAGACAACGGUGCGUGUCAUCAACCAGGAGUAUGAUGCUGGACUUAUGAUCGACUCCUAUGCCACGUAUGGCUUCAAGCUGAAUAACGGACUUACAGUGCUGGGUCCUAUGGCUAUAUUUCCCAGGACGGUCAUGUCGUGGCAGGUGUCGGCAGCGGAGGAGGUGACGGAGCAGUCUCUCAAGCUCUUCAAAUUGUUGGAGCCUCGCAUCGAUUUACUAGUGGUAGGUUUAGAUACAAACGAGAGGCCUCUGCAAGACGCUGUGCUGCGGCUGGCGCGAUCACUGGGGCUCAACGCUGAGGUACUGCCCACAGAGCAUGCUUGUUCUACCUUCAACUUCCUCAAUUCAGAGGGCAGGUCGGUGGCAGCAGCCCUGAUACCACCUACGAACAUAGCUCGCAUCUCCGAAGACGAUAUGCUACACACCAAACUACACUACCACGAUGUUUUUAACAAGCCGCUCCUGUAACCGGACUAAACACUACUUGAGCCCACCAUCUUGCACCACAGAGAACGAAAUGUAUAGCAGAGAUGUCAUAACGCAAAAUCUCUUAAUCCGGGUUAUCACAGUAAGAGUGGGCUCGGAUCGAUUAUGGUCAUUUGUCUUCUUGAAACAUCAAGAUGUCCACAGAGUACAUUCAAAUGAUCCGAGUGAGCUCGAAAAAUAGAGCGGAGUCCGAGUCUACUCGGAUUAGACGUUGGCAUCCGAGUGCGCUCGGAUUACGUGUUUACAUGAUACGAGUAACAUCCGAGUGCACUCGGUCCGAGCCAACUCUUACUGUGAAAAUAGCGCGACAACAUGCGGGUGUUAGGGGGACGAGGAACGUUACUAGCUCCACCCUCUUUGGAAACUACCACUUUUUAAAAACCAAAGCUAUCUUUGACGAUCUCAAGGAUUUCGAACGCGUCGGUAGGUUAAAGGCGGGUCUACGCUAGACGAACCGAGCACGAGCGAAGCACAAGCGGAGGCGUCGUUCGCGGCGUCAAGUGUGCACGUACAACGAACCUACAACGAUCACUGUUCUCGAACGUAGUUUUCCGCAGUCAGUUCGCGGAUCUUGGUGAAUAUGGACGAUAUUAAUAAUAUUGCAGUAGCCGCUGCUGUUGCAGCCAACCAAGCCCUUUUUAUAAAGGGCGUCGUAAUUUUUACAAGGGCAAAACCGACAACAGGCGGAACGCAGCCGAGCACGAACGAAAUGCUCACAGCGCGCUCGUUAGAGGCUUGUAAGUUGGUCCACACUAGAUCAAUUUUGUGUUCGGCUCGUGCUCCGCUCGUGGUCGGUUCGUCUAGCGUAGACACAGCUUUAUAGUGAAUGAUCGUUUUGGUUAUUUGACCUACAAGAAGGCCCCUGACCUACCUGCCUUAUGGCAUCUCCGUUCAUUCCUUCCUCCGUGAUUUGCGCCCACAAUGCACAGUGAUUCACGCUCCAUACAAAGGCGGCCAUAAAUACGAAACUCACAAAUACUUUUAAUUAAUUUAUUUUACACGUUGAAAUAUGUUAAGAUAAGUGUAAAUUAUUAAAAUUAUAACAUAACCACAUUUAUUUAAAAAAAAUAUCAUUACUAUUUAGGUGUAAAAAUGUCUCGCAGUAAUUUUGUUUUAGACGAUAAACCUAGAACAUGUCAUACUGCGACUUUUAAUGAAAAAUCUAUAUAAAUAAUGGUUAUUUAUAUUAAAAACAACCAUAAAGAAAUAAAAUAAAACAACAAAAAUACAUGAACAACCUUUUUUUGCAAAUACACACAAAACACAAAAUAUACCAGAAUACAUUCAAGCUCAAAAGUAUUUACUACAAACAGAUAACAAAUCUAGAACAUAUUUUGAUAGUACAUGUUUUGUUUUUGACAGGUAACUUUCGUAAAUCUGUUAGGAAGGGAUCGGAAUGAAGAAGUUGAUGGUUCAACUUUGUCAGCAUUCUGAGAUACAUGUAACUCAAUUCGCUCUACAUCAAUAUUUUCAACUGCAUUCAGCCAAUCUGAAUAUUUAUCUAUAAACUUAGAUCUCCUACGAUUUGAUUUUGCCCAAUAAUGAGAAAUUCGUUUACAUACAUUCAUAAUUUUAUUAGUUAAAGUCUCUAGUUUGAUAUUUUCGAUGUCAUCUGAAAGGCACGAUGUUUCUGUCAAAGUAUUCAGGACAUGUUGCAUUUUUCAUUUGGACUACCCUCUUUAGAGUGCCAGAUGUCAAAAAUAGUCGUCUUCGAAACAGAACAUUUGAAAACUUUACCUCAAAACAACAUGAAAGCAGAACUUAAAAUAUAAAGUUUUUUCUUUACUAUGGACAUGCAUACUUUGACACUCCUUUAACCCAAGAAGGGGCAGAAAGAUGCAGAUGAAACUUAUAUGGUUUUAUAAGAACAUCCUCUUUAUUCGAAAAACAUUUGCCUCAAGUGCAGCACUGAGCAGCAAAAAGUUAUAAGUCCAAAUGAAAUCAAAGUAUACCAAACAAAUCUACAAAAACGCUACCUUCAAUAAAAAAAUAAAAUAAAAUAUUAAACGCAUUAAAAAAAAUAAAAAAGUAGUUAAUAAUAGAAGUACAUACCUUGGUCUUGGACCUCCAUACUAUCACCAUACGUAAACACUUGAUUUGGAAUAGUGACACUCAAAAACAAAGUGUUAAGUUUUGAUGACUCACACGUUGCGAUAAUUAGACUCGAGAUGCGCUAACUUCCGAUGCACAAAAGUGAAUAAUAAGUUGACCUUAUGACACUGGUAUUUAGAGUUUUCGAAAGCUUCUUUACUUGUUAAUCACUUAGUAAGUAGAUCUAAUGGGGAUAAGCCAAUGACAUUUUUCGAUUUAUGGCCUUAGAGUGAAUCACUGUGCAAUGGCGAUACUUAAGCUCGUUAUAAGUUAGUCAAUUUUGUAAA